UAAGGUGGAAAGUCUACCACAGUUAUAGGUCCUUAGUCACGAAGUGGUAGCCAGAAGAGAGGAAACACAUCAGUUCUUGUUUCUUUGAUCGACCAGGAUCUUUUGACUGUCACUUCAGCAACCAUGAUUGUGAAAUUUUGUUUGUUCCUGGGCUUGGCUGUUACCGCAGUUCUUUGCCAAUUGCACAAUGUCAACGACCAUUGCAAGAGGGACUGCAGCCAUGCCCGCCAGAGACACGUGUGUGGUUCAGACCACGUCAAUUAUGCUUCGACGUGUGAGUUCGCCGUGGCUUCCUGUAUCCACUUGGAGUACCAUGGCCGUGCCCUUCACAUAAAGAGCUUUGGAACAUGUCGCAACACAACCCAUGUUUCUGAUCAUUGCAAUGAUCUGUGCAAUGAGGAAAAGGCGCCCAUCUGUGCUAGCGAUGGCAUGAUUUAUGACAACAAGUGCCGCUUCCUUCGUUCGCAAUGUGAGGCUGCAAAAAUGGGAGUGAAGCUUUUUGUAGUUGCCAAAGGAGACAUUUGCCCUGCAACAAGACAGGUUGACUGCUCAAAGUACACAAUAGACACAAGUGACCUGGCACUUGAGGAUGGUAGCACUUUCAAGCCCCGCUGUCCGCCUGACCACCAGUACAUUUGUGCUUCAGAUGGCCAUACUUUCACGAACGACUGCCAGCUGUGCGCCUACAGUGAUGCUAAUAAUGUUACCUUAACAGUCCUAACUGACGCAGCAUGUGGCCAUUAAAGGCACUGUUUGGAGGAAAGAGAAUACAACGCAGACAUCUGCGAUUCCCCUCACAAAAUCAGGUUGUAAAAUUACAUUUUAAUCUUCGUUGCUUACAAAACUGAGUGGAAAAUAAAUGAUCAAGAUCGA